GUCACCGGUCUAACCGCCUUUUUUGCUCUCUUCCCUCCAGAAUUCGUAGCACUAACCACCGACGCACAUUCUCCUCCUCCUCGCUCUUCUCCAGGAAUUAUUCGCUUUGUGUAAACCUCGCCGAUCGCCCCGAGAAGAUGAGCGCCGGGGGGUUGUUCAGGUUCGGGAAGAAGCUGAUCCGCAGGAGAGUUUUGGAUCUCAACAACCAAGAGUCGUGCUUCGCCCGAUGCCUGACCACGCUGGACCUGAUCGCCCUGGGGGUGGGCAGCACGCUGGGCGCCGGGGUCUACGUUCUGGCCGGGGAGGUCGCCAACGAGAAAGCGGGUCCCGCCAUCGUCCUGUGCUUCCUGGCGGCAGCCCUCUCCUCCGUGCUCGCCGGGCUGUGCUACGCGGAGUUCGGGGCGCGAGUCCCCAAGACCGGCUCUGCCUACCUGUACAGCUAUGUGACCGUGGGCGAGAUCUGGGCGUUCACCACCGGCUGGAACUUAAUUCUCUCCUAUGUGUUGGGUACGGCCAGCGUGGCGAGAGCGUGGAGCUCCACCUUCGAUGAUAUAAUCGGCAAAGGAAUCAGCACCUUCUUCCAAGAGAAAGUCGCCUUCCAAGUCCCCAAUGUCCUGGCCAAAUACCCGGACUUCUUCGCGCUGAUACUGGUCAUCCUCCUAACCAUUCUUCUUGCCGUCGGUGUCAGCGAGUCGGCCAUGGUAAACAAAAUCUUCACCGCCAUCAAUCUGCUGGUCUUGGCCUUUGUCAUCCUGUCGGGUUUUUUAAAAGGCGACAUCAAGAACUGGAAACUCACGCAAGACGAUUAUGACAACCUGACCAAAAUAUAUAACAGCAGCUCUCCUUUUGGGACGGGGGGAUUUGCUCCAUUUGGAUUCAGCGGUGUGGUAUCGGGGGCAGCCAUCUGUUUUUAUGCUUUUGUGGGAUUCGAUUGCAUUGCAACUACAGGUGAAGAAGCGAAGAACCCGCAGCGUUCCAUCCCCAUCGGGAUCAUCGUUUCCCUCUUGGUGUGCUUCGUCGCGUACUUCGGCGUGUCCGCGGCGCUGACCUUGAUGAUGCCGUACUUUCUACUGAACAAAAGCAGCCCCCUCCCCGAAGCAUUCAGACACGUGGGCUGGGAGCCCGCCCGUUACGUGGUCUCUGUCGGGUCCCUAUGUGCCCUUUCAACAAGCUUGCUGGGCUCCAUGUUUCCUAUGCCGCGGGUCAUAUAUGCCAUGGCUGAAGACGGGCUGCUUUUCAGGUUCCUUGCUAAAGUCAACAAGAGGACCAAGACGCCGCUGAUCGCAACCAUCGUGUCUGGAGUUAUAUCAGCUCUGAUGGCGUUCCUGUUUGAGUUGGACGCUCUGAUGGAGUUGAUGUCCAUCGGCACUUUGUUGGCGUAUUCUCUGGUUGCGGCUUGUGUCGUCAUCCUCAGGUACCAACCCGAGCUGAUGAUCCUUCUACACAAGGACACCGAGAUGGUGAAGCUGAACGAUGCCGACAACGGGGCGGCAGAAACCGACCUCCAGAUCACCCCGUACUCCACACAACCCGACACCUUCCUGUUCAAACAUCUUCUGUUCCCGACCUGCAAAGAGCCCACCAAGACCUCCGGAUACAUCGUCUACGGAUGUGUGACCGUCCUCUCGGUCCUGUUCGUUGCCCUUUGCGCUCUGCUGGCAUUUAAAGUUGAAGAUCUUCUCAAUGGGUGCCCCGCCUGUAUCGCGUCUUUAGUCGUAAUGUCCGUGGUCGCCGUCGCCAUCACCGGGAUCAUCUGGAGGCAACCGGAAUGCAAAACCAAACUGACCUUCAAGGUGCCGGCCCUCCCCGUCCUCCCAUUAUUCAGCGUCUUCAUAAACCUGUACUUCAUGAUGCAGCUGAAGGCGGACACCUGGAUCCGAUUCGCAGUGUGGAUGGCGCUAGGGUUCCUCAUCUAUUUUUGUUACGGAAUAUGGAACAGCACCGAGGAGCGCCUUGAUAAAAAUAAGGACAGUCUUCUGAAAACAAAUGAAGCUCCUCCCAAGUCGAAAAGCCAGGAACUGGCGGCGGCGGUGUGUUGACCUCUUUGAGUUCGGAGGCGGAUGGCGUGUACAGUAUAUUUAUUAGGGGGGUCUGCCUUCAUCCAUUUCAAAAAUAUUAUGGCCCCAAUUGUUACAUCCUCAUUUCUGUGGUCUACAGGUGAUGUUCAGAGAUGACAACCGCCAUCUGUUGUUCUUCCAAUGCACGAGUCUAUUGUAGAGUGAUAUCACGAGACCUAUAGAUGGCUAGCUUUGCAGUCCAGGCUUCUCCUGCCUACAGCUUGCGGUCCUCGGAUCUGCUCGGUCACUCUUUGGGCAGCUUAUAGUGUAAUGUGGAUCUGCAGUAUUCAACCCAUGAAAUGGGAGGGUGUUUGGAGUGAUGGCGAAGGAUGGUGCCGGGUGAAGCCCCAGUGAAAGAAUGAAAAGUCACCAACACGCCAUUAAGGAUUCUCGUGGAUUUAUUGGUGGGAUGUCACAAUAGUCAGAUAUGGUCGCCAUCUUCCAUGUUACCAUGAGGAAGGAACCCUACAAGAUCCUGAAAUAAUGACCAUAUCUGGCCAAUGUGAUGUUUCACCAAUAAAUCCAUGGGACUCCUCACUGGAGUGAUGGUGACCUUACUUCUUCUCGGGAAGCUAGUGAAGUAUUACAUUGUCUCAACGCUCCAUGAUGGUCGUACUUUGGCUGUAGAUUCUCAUGGAUUUAUUGGUGGAAUGUCACAAUAGUCAGAUAAGGUCGCCAUCUUCCUCGUCACCAUGAAGGAACCCUACAAGACCCUGAAGUGUUGACCUUACCUGGCCAAUGUGAUGUUCCACUAAUGAAUCCAUGGGACUCCUCACAGGAGUGAUGGUGACCUUACAUCUUCUCGGGGAGCUAGUGAGGUAUUACAUUGUCUCAACGGCUUGGCGAUCCAUGAUGGUCGUACAUUGGCUGUAGAUUCUUAUGGAUUUAUUGGUGGAAUGUCAGAUAAGGUCGCCAUGAAGAAGGAACCCUACAAGCCCCUGAAAGGUUGACCAUAUCUGGCCAAUGUGAUGUUCCACCAAUAAAUCCAUGGGACUCCUCACUGGAGUGAUGGGGACCUUUCAGUCUUCUCGGGAAGCUAGUAAAGUAUUACAUUGUCUCAACGGCUCGGCACUCCAUGAUGGUCGUACGUUGGCUGUAGAUUCUCAUGGAUUUAUUGGUGGGAUGUCACAAUAGUCAGAUAAGGUCGCCAUCUUCCUCGUCACCUUGAAGAAGGAAGCCUACAAGACCCUGAAGUGUUGACCUUAUCUGGCCAAUGUAACGUUCCACCAAUAAAUCCAUGGGACUCCUCACUGGAGUGAUGGGGACCUUUCAUUCUUCUCGGGAAGCUAGUGAAGUAUUACAUUGUCUCAACGGCUCGGCGCUCCAUGAUGGUCGUACGUUGGCUGUAGAUUCUCAUGGAUUUAUUGGUGGGAUGUCACAAUAGUCAGAUAAGUUCGCCAAGUAUUACAUUGUCUCAAAUCUCCAUGAUGGUCGUACGUUGGCAGGAUCAUCUCACUCUUAUAGUGUAGUCUUCCGUGUUCCUCGCGUACACAUUUAUUUAUUUUUUUAUCCAUUUCUUUUGUCUCAUUUAUGAUGAGAUACAAAACAUACACACAAUCAGUGGCAGCGUUGUAAUGCCGAGGAUAUGUUCCCAUUGCAACGUGCCAGAAGAUUUAUUUAUAACAUUUGAAAUGAACUGAGAGCACAAGAUUCCCCCAAUAACCGGCUGACUAUUGUACUCGCCGACUUCACACAAGGAAGACAUAUUCUAGACAUUCCAGACUGAACGGAUGAAGAAUAUAAAAAA